AUGGCUGCAAAUAAACAGGGCAAAAUGCACAUGAAUCUCGUUCUAGCGGAUACGGAGGAAUUCCGGCGUGUCAAGAAAAAAUCGACCAAAUCAACUCAAGCCCCCGGAUCCAGCACACCAACCCUCGUCGAAGCCGAAGAGAAACGAACGCUUGGCCUCACAAUCUUGCGCGGGACACAAGUCGUCUCGUGUUCCGUUGAUGGACCGCCGCCUGCAGACCCCGCGGCGCGGUUAGGUACAACUGUGCCUGGCGCAUCAGGAGCUUCUGCAGCUACCUUGGCCGCAGGGCCUGGUAUCAGCAGGCCGGCUGGAAGGGGUUUGCCUGUUGGCCUUGGGGGCCCAGCAGCUGGUGUUGGUGGACCGCCGCCUCCCGGAGGAUUUGGAGCGUUUCCCCCUCCAGGAUUCCCUGGGGCCAUGCCCCCAGGAUUCCCGGGACGAGGAGGACCACCUGGAGGACCUGCUGGCUUUGCACCACCACCUCCUGGAUUCGCACCCGGUGCAACCGGUGGACCUGGUGGACCUCCCGGGUUCCCACAGCCACCUGGUUUCCAACCCCCUCCUGGCCAGGGCAGAGGCUUCCCGCCCCCUGGAUUUGGCGGACGAUGAGAUUAAAUGGGCCAAUUGAGUUAUACGUUACAUGCUGAUGGAGCCACACACACAUAACAAUGACUCCGGAUGAGAAGGUGUGGAGGCAAGAACUCUUUUUUUUUUUGUUACUGGAUAUCCAAUUAUCCACAAUUUAUACCGAUAAAUUAUCACCAGUGCGUAAAAGGCUACAUGUGACAAAACACCUUUUGUUGUUGCUCAAAACAGAAAAUAAUAUAAAAAUCUGACUUGUUGUACCAUGGCGUUGGGGCGCUGGGGGAGGAAAGUUGACAGGAUGAAGCUGUCUGGGCUUAUCCCAAAGCCAGAGCUGUUUUCCAGCAGGUUUCUUACAUUUUUGUCACCCAUACACCCGAAAAGAUUCAUUAUAUUAGCUAGCAAAUUAGAAAAAAAAUUAAAAAAGGAAUAUGAUUUUGCACACGGUUUUU